AUGGAACAUUGUGCAAAAAAGCCAAAAUUAGAUAAUGCAAGUAUAAAAGAAGGAGAAGCAGAAAUUUUAGUAGACAAUACAAAUGUAUUCUAUAAUCCUGUUCAAGAAUUUAAUAGAGAUCUUAGUGCAGCUGUAUUAUCAACUUACAUAGCAAAUAUAAACAAACAAGCAGCAAAAAUACCGCAAAAAGAAGAUGGAAUUACUAUAUUGGAAGCUUUAUCUGCAACUGGUUUACGUAGCAUUAGAUAUGCCAAAGAAAUACCUGGAAUAAAACACAUAAUAGCCAAUGAUAUUUCUGCAAAAGCAGUGGAAAGUAUAAAAAAUAAUAUACAACACAAUGGUGUAGAAAAUCUUGUAAAACCAAGUCACGAGGAUGCAACAUUACUUAUGUACCAAAGUAGAAAAAAUAAGUUUGAUGCAAUUGAUUUAGAUCCAUAUGGUUGUCCUACAACAUUUUUGGAUGGUGCUGUGCAGUGUGUGUCGGAUGGUGGAUUGCUUAUGAUUACAGCCACAGAUAUGGCUGUAUUAGUUGGUAAUUCUCCUGAAACUUGUUAUCUUAAGUAUGGUGCUAUCCCCUUAAGAUCUAAAGCUUGCCAUGAAUUGGCAUUAAGAAUAUUAUUGCAAACUAUUGCUUCUCAUGCAGGACGUUAUGGUAGAUACAUAAUACCAAUGCUUUCUAUAAGUGCUGAUUUUUAUAUAAGAGUUUUUGUUAAAGUAUUCUCCAGUCAAACUAAAUGCAAAGAAAAUGCCACUAAAAUUGGAAUGUUGUACCAAUGUACAGGUUGUGAGAGUAUUAAUACUCAACCAUUAUGUUACAAAAAGCCCACUGGAGGCUAUAAAUUAACAUCAUUGCCAUAUGUAGAUCAACUUUGUAAAAUCUGCCAUCAUAAGCAACAUGAAGGAGGACCCAUAUGGCUAAGUCGUCUCCAUGACCAACAUUUUGUAUCUGACCUUUUGUGUAAUUUAGAUAACAUGAAAUUGGGAACAUUGAAAAGGAUAGAAGGAGUAUUAAAUGUCAUUCAUGAAGAACUAGAUGUUCCAUUAUAUUACGCCUUUGAUCGCCUAAUGUCGAUAGUCAGAUGUGUUACACCAUCAAUGUUAACAUUUCGAUCUGCCUUAUUAAAUGCAGGGUAUCAUGUAUCAUAUUCUCAUGCAUGUAAAACAUCUAUAAAAACAGAUGCUCCAAAUGAAGUUAUAUGGGAUAUUGUACGUGCAUGGGAAAAGAAUAAUCCCGUAAAACGGGAGAAGCUGUCAAAUGAUAGUGCUGCAAUAAAAAUAUUAGACACACCAAUGGCUACAAACGUUUCAUUUGAUAUACAUCCUCUAGCCAAUCCAGUAUCCAGGCAAAACAAGCUAAUGCGAUUUCAACAAAAUCCAACAAUCAACUGGGGACCUGGUACUCGUUCGAAAACAAGAGUAGACUUAGAAAAUGGAGUUGAAAUUUCAAAAAAGAUAAAAAAUCAGAAUAAAAAUUCCAAAAGAAAUAAAUCACAUAUAACAAAAGAUACUAACGAGAUAAAACCUUCAGAAAAUAAUUGA